AUGAUUAGAAGCUUUGUAUUGAAGAAUGCAUCAUCUGAUAUAAAACAAACACUUAAAAGUGAAACAGAUUUGGAUACUACUGCUGAUCUCAGAAAGAAACUCCAUCGGGCUAAGAAAGAAAAAUUGGAAAUAACAACUAAGCACAAUGCGGAGCUGGCAAGCUAUGAGAGCCAGGUUGCCAGGCUGCGAUCUGAGGUUGAAAAAGGAGAGGCAUUGCGACAAAGUCUGGAAUAUGACCUGGCUGUCGCUAGAAAGGAAUCUGGUCUUGGAAAACGAGCUGCUGAAGAAAAGUUAGCUGAGGCACAUAGGAUCCAAGAAGAGCUCUGUGCUCAGAAUUCAGAACUUCAAGUAAAGGUAGAUGAGAUGGAAAAAGCAUUUCAGACUUCCCAGCAGAAAUGGAAAGAAGAAUGCAGAAGAUUUGAGCGUGAUUUAGAGGAAAGAGACCAUGUAAUUCAAAAUUGCUAUAAAGAAUAUGAUUUACUUAUGAAAGAAAAAAGCAGACUAGAGAAAAUGCUACAGGAAGCACUGGAAAACCAUCAGCAGGAGAAGAAUGAGAUGGAGGCUCAGAUCAGGGAGACAGCACUGGAGGAGUUUAGAUUACAAGCAGAACAAUGGGAAGCAGAAAGAAGAGAGUUACAAUUUAUAGUACAGGAGCAAGAUGAUGUUGUACAAAAUAUGCACAAUAAAGUUGAAAAAUUAGAAGGAGAACACAUGGAGUGCUCUGACCUUUUACGGCGACAAACCAGUGAACUUGAAUUUAGUGCUCAACGAGAAGAACAUCUUAGGAAAGAAUUCGAGUUAAGGAUUCGAGACCUCGAAGGAGCUUUACAAGUAGAAAAGGCCAGCCAAGCAGAAGCUGUUGCUGAUUUGGAAAUGAUAAAAAAUGAAUUCAAGGAAGUUGAAAGUGCAUAUGAGCGAGAAAAGCAUAAUGCACAAGAGAGCUUUGCAAAACUAAAUAUAUUGGAAAGAGAGUAUUUCUCCAAAAAUAAGAAACUAAAUGAAGAGAUUGAGGAACAGAAGAAAGUAAUUAUGGACCUUUCAAAGAGACUGCAGUAUAAUGAAAAAAAUUCCAGUGAAUUACAGGAAGAACUGGUAAUGGCUAAGAAGCACCAGGCCUUCCUAGUAGAGACAUGUGAAAAUAAUGUGAAAGAAUUGGAAUCGAUCUUGGACAGCUUUUCCAUGUCGGGCCAGUGGACAUCAGGUAUCCACAAGGACAAAGAUAAACCUCCCAGCUUCUCUGUUGUCCUUGAGACUUUGAGGCGUACCUUGACAGAUUACCAGAACAAGCUGGAAGAUGCAUCUAAUGAGCUAACCAGCAUGAACAAUGCUAAGGAAACGAUAUCUAAUGAACUUGAUUCUUCCAAACAGAAGAUAGAGUCUCAGACUAAACAUAUAAAGGACCUUCAGGGUAAACUGGCUGAUGUCAACAAAGAGUUAAGUCAUUUACACACUAAAUGUGCAGACAGAGACGCUUUAAUAAGCACUUUAAAAAUGGAACUACAGAACGUGCUGCACUGUUGGGAGAAAGAAAAGGCACGAGCAGCCCAAACUGAAGGUGAACUCCAGAAGCUGUCCCAGGCUUUCCAUAAGGAUGCUGAGGAGAAGCUAACCUUUCUUCAUACCUUGUAUCAGCACUUGGUAGCAGGCUGUGUGCUCAUAAAACAACCAGAAGGCAUGCUGGAUAAAUUCUCCUGGUCUGAGCUUUGUGCAGUCUUGCAGGAGAAUGUUGAUGCCCUGAUCGCAGACCUCAACAGGGCUAAUGAGAAGAUAAGCCAUCUAGAGUAUAUCUGUAAAAACAAGUCUGAUACAAUGAGAGAACUUCAGCAGACCCAGGAAGACACCUUCAACAAAGUGGCAGAGCAGAUGAAAGCCCAAGAGAGCUGCUGGCAUAAACAAAAGAAGGCACUGGAGCUGCAAUAUUCUGAACUCCUCUUGGAGGUACAGAGGAGGGCACAGAAAUUUCAAGAAAUUGCUGAAAAAAAUAUGGAAAAAUCGAACUUUAUUGAAAAGUCACAUGAACAGUUGGUUCUUGAAAAUUCACACUUCAAAAAUGUGUUAUCACAGACUCACAGGGAACAAACAUCCUUGCUGGCAGCCUGUGCACUAAUGGCUGGUGCCUUGUAUCCACUCUAUAGCCGAUCAUGUGCCUUAUCUACACAGAGAGAUUUUCUCCUGGACCAAGUCAACACCUUUGAGUUGUUCAAAUUAGAAAUUAGAACUAUAGCCCAAGCUUUGUCAACUGUAGAAGAGAAGAAACAAGAGGAAGCCAAGAUGAAGAAAAAACCUUUCAAAGGAUUGAUACGUGUGUUCCGGAAAGGUGUUAUUGCAAUUUUGGCAGCAAACAGACUCAAGAUUUUGGGCCAGUCAUGUGCCUCUCUUUUUACCUGGAUGGAGAAUUUCAAAGAAGGCAUAGGCAUUUUAGUGUGUACAGGAGAACCGAAAGACAAGCAUAAAUUUCCAAAACAUCAAAAGGAGCAGUUACGUUGUUUACAAGCGCUCAGUUGGCUUACUAGUUCUGACCUUCUUGCUGCAAUAAUCAGUUCUAUGGUUGAAUUACAGGAAAUUCUUAGUAAAACAGAUCCGAAUUCAAGAAUUUGUGGACAUUUACUUGUAGGAGCAGCUAAGAAUUCUUUUGCAAAACUUAUGGAUAAAAUUAGCCUGGCAAUGGAGAGCAUACCUCUGCACAGCAGAAGUAUUACAUAUAUAGAGAAAGAUUCCCUGGUUCAAAGGUUGGCCCGUGGACUUCAUAAAGUAAACACUCUGGCCCUCAAAUAUGGUCUGCGUGGUCAUGUGCCCAUUAUGAAAAGCACAGCAUCAUUACAGAAACAAAUAUUUGGAUUUACACAAAGGCUGCAUGCAGCUGAAGUGGAGCGUCGCUCACUGCGCUUAGAGGUCACAGAAUUCAAACGAAAUGUGAAUGAAAUGAAAAAGGAACUUGAUAAAACCCAGAGUCUCCAAAUGCAACUAAAUGAAUUUAAGCAGUCUAAAUUGAUCACCCAUGAGAAGUUUGAAAGUGCCUGUGAAGAAUUGAAUAAUGCGUUACUUCGAGAACAGCAGGCACAGAUGCUUCUGAAUGAGCAGGCACAACAACUACAGGAGUUGAAUUAUAGGCUUGAAUUGCACUCCAGUGAGGAAGCUGACAAAAACCAAACUCUUGGAGAAGCUGUUAAGAGUCUCUCCGAGGCAAAGAUGGAGCUGAGAAGAAAAGAUCAAUCUCUGCGUCAGCUCAAUAGACAUCUUACCCAGCUGGAGCAGGACAAGCGUCGACUGGAGAAGAACAUCCAUGAUGCAGAAAGUGCCCUCUGCAUGGCAGCCAAAGACAAAGAAUGUGUUGCCAGUUACAUGAAAACAGUAGAAAAUAUGCUUCAUAAGGUCAGGGAUCAGAUCUCGCUGUCACGGACUGCGGCAAGCAGGAAUGACUUCACCCUGCAGCUACCCAAACUGCACCUGGAGACCUUUGCAAUGGAGGGGCUCAAGGGCGGGCCAGAGGUUGUAGCGUGCCAGGCUAUGAUUAAAAGUUUCAUGGAUGUCUACCAGCUUGCAAGUGCUAGAAUUUCUACAUUGGAAAAGGAAAUGACAUCUCAUCGAAAUCACAUUGCAACCUUGAAAUCAGAACUUCAUACAGCUUGUUUACGUGAAAAUGAAAGUUUACAAUCAGCAGGAUCACGAGACCAUUCAAAUCUCUCCAUUCCUUCAAGAGCUACCCUUCCUACUGACACAGUUGUUGUUGGGGAUUUUUUGCCACUGAAAGCUGAACUUGAUACAACUUACACUUUCUUAAAGGAGACAUUUGUGAAUACUGUGCCCCAUGUUCUGACAUCUUCUCACUCCUCUCCAGUGACUAUAUCUUCUAAUGCCAAAAGACCAACUCAGAUUGGAUUAUGACUUAAUGAAAUAAAGAACGGAGGAAGAGUUAACAAUACAAUUAAACUUGUUUUGAAUGGG